UUGGCUAGUGAGAGGUGCUAAAUUUUUCUGUGCUGUUAAAAAUAAGUGUGAUGAGUUAAAGGCGUAUCAGCGUGUGUAUAUAGGAACAAUGGCGUGGCGUACGGGAUCCGAUGGGAGGAAACCGACGUAUAUAAUCCUGGCAGCGGUAUUGGUGCUGUGCUGGUCUGCAAGUACAUCUGCCUCGUCAGUGCUCCAGUAUUCCAUCAUCUCCUGGGGAGGCCUGAGAGGAAACGUCACCUUUUCCUGGGGAGGACCGGGGACCAAUGUGACAGUGGAGGCUAGUCUGGAAGUGGUCGGGGUACAAGUGGCCCCAGAAACCCAGGAGUACGACUGGGCCAUCCACGACUGGCCGGUUCGGUACGACACAGACCAGCGGUGCGGCUCGUCUGAUCUCGGGUCCAAAAAAUGGGAUUUAUCGCGAAUGCUGGGGAAACUCGUCCUUCCCAUGACGGCGCCGAUGGUUUUCGAAACGGACAAGAUACAAUUGGUCGGGAAGGAGUCCAUCUGGGGGCGCUCUCUUCUGAUCUCCGGUGACAAGAGGACCACGUGUGCUAAUAUACAUGGCGUGGGCGGCGAGCGAACGUACGAGACGCGGUUCUUCAGUCCGGUGGGCGGUUCCAUCUGGAUCCGCUCGUGGACGUGGAACGUGGGCGGCGUGGACAGCGAGGGCGCCGAGACCAAGGGCGUGCAGACGACCAUCUUCACCGACGUCUUCAACACGGCUGACGACGACCCCCCCACCGGGAACCACGACUGGGCCAUCUUCAUCACCGAUAUUCUCGAUGACAGAGAGGAGAGGUCGUCCUGCAACUUCCUGAGCCGCAUCUACGACCCUCUCGGACGCGAGGGUUGCGACGACGAAGGCUGCCCCAUGGGAAGUCUCUCGCACGCAUUCGGAGAACUGCGCGUCGGCACUCGGAGGUCGCGCUUCUCCCGCAAGAUGUACUCGAGCACCGACUUCGUGCUGCCGGACCUGUCGGGCCCCAGGAAGCUGUACAUCGCCGUGAUGGGCGCGCUGCACCCCGACCACCUGUGGGCGUGCGCGAAGAUGCGGGAGGUGAAGCCCAAGAAGGCGCGCGCCAUCUUCAACGGGAUGGGCGUGACGGGCGAGGUGCGGUUCGAGCAGACGUCGGUCUUCUCGCCCACGGACCUGACGCUGGACCUGCGCGGGCUGGCGGGGCGUGCGGGCGGCUUCCACGUGCACGAGCUGCCGUCGUACCCGCCCAAGCACGCCGGGGACUUCCCGUGCGGCAAGACGGGCGGCCACUACAACCCGUUCGAGGUGGACCCGAGCACGUCGCCCGAGCCGGGUCUGGGCAGCCACGACCGCUACGAGCUGGGAGACCUGAGCGGCAAGCACGGCCUGCUGACGGGGCUGCAGGAGGUCGAGGCCACCGUCACGGACCAUAACCUGCCGCUGUUCGGGCCGCGCUCGGUGCUGACGCGCAGCCUGCUGCUGCACCGCGACUCGGGCGAGCGCUGGCUGUGCGCCAACAUCCGGCCGACGGAGCCGCAGAUCCGCGCCGCGGUCACCUUCCGCUACCCGCUGGUGGGCGAGAUCAUCUUCGAGCAGGAGGCCGCCAACUACCUGGCCGACACCACGGUCUUCGUCAGCUACCUGGUGUACUCGGACGGCAGCAGGAACUCCACGGGCAAGCACCGCUGGCACGUGCACGACCACGUCCCGGGGAGGGACUUCUACAACUGGACGAUGCGAUGCGUCUCGGCCGGAGGCCACUACAACCCUUACAAGAUCUCCCUGGCCGACAAAGUCUACCGCUACUGCGACGCCGACACCGCCGAACGCUGCGAAGUCGGCGACCUGGAGAAGCGCCACGGCUCCCUGUACAUCGCCGGGUCGGUGCGGGAGGUCGGCGCCACGCAGAGGCUCUUCACCGACACCAACCUGCCGCUGUCGGGCCCGAAGUCCAUCCUCGGCCACUCCAUCGUCCUGCACGACGACUACGCGCCCAAGCACCGAGGGGAUAGGAUGGCCUGUGCCGGAAUCUUCCGUAAGUUCCGUCACAAGGGCGUGGUGAGCAAGUGGUACUCUCAGCGCGGCUCCGGCAACGUCGAGGGCAAGGUCGAGUUCAUUCAGGAGUCGGAGUUCGACAUCACCAACACCGAGGUCGACCUUCGAGGCUUGCAGGGGAUCGCCAAGGGUUACCACGUCCAUAUGGUCCCCGUGGAGAAGGAGCUGCAGUUUCCGUGCGCGGCGUCGACCACCCUCGGCCACUACAACCCGCUGAACAUCACGCCCUCCGACUCUCCGCCUCCGGACCAAGGCACCGACGAUCUCUACGAGGCCGGGGACCUGGCGGGGAAGUACGGCACGCUCGAGGGCCUCACCUGGAAGAAGGACUUCUACAACGACUCCAACCUGCACCUUUUCGGGUCGACCUCGAUCAUGGGCCGGUCGAUCGUGAUUCACAAGAAGGAGAAGAACGCGAGGUGGUUCUGCGGGAGCAUCGGCUGGGGCUACUCCCCGGCAGAAGCACGCCAGGUCUCCGCCAUCGCUUCCUUCCACAACCCUCAGGGCUACGCUUGGGGCUAUAUCAGGCUGAGACAACUGGUGUACAUGGACGAUUCCUUUGGAGAAACUUACAUUGAGGUGAAUUUACGCCACCCUGGAAGUAACAACCGUAAUGUGACUCGCGUUCACAACUGGUCCGUGUACGUGAACCCCGUGGGCGUGGACGCGGGCGUGAAAUUCUUCCAGUCUCGUUGCGUGGCCGCUGGAUUUCGCUGGAAUCCUUUCCUCAUUCACCUGGCUUUCCCCAACGACAAAGACUACUACGAGCGCGAGUGUAGCCCCGACGUUCCUCUGCGCUGUGACGUCGGCGACCUCUCUGGCAGGCUCGGCCCCAUCGACGUCGGAGAUAAGAGAUACGUCUUCGUGGAUAAGAACCUCCCCUUGACUGGCCCGCACGGCAUCAUGAACAAGGCCAUCAUCAUCCACCGGGAGAACGCGGGCGUGGAGCGCUUCGCCUGCGCCAACAUCGAACCCGACGACGACAUUAUCAAAUGGGUUCUUAUCAGGAAGCCGCCCAAGUUCUCGCUAAUUCGCGUAAUGGACGAUAUUCGCGAGGUUCUUGGCGCCCCGGAGUGGUACCUCGCGGCCGACCUGCAGACAGUAAGCGAGUCAGUGGACCAGAAAUGCGCCACUUUCGUCGUCAACUUCAUGGGCCCUCAAGCCCACCAGCUGGAGCAGGACUUCUCUCGCAUCCUGGCGGGGGGGAUCCUGGACCACCCCACCAUCAGCAUCCGCGGCGUGUAUCCCGACCCCAAGAGGAAGAAGAAAGUCCCCUAUCGCACCUGCGGAGGCCUGGAGGAGGACGACGUCUUCGAGGACGAGGAAUCAUGGUGGAACGUCCUGACAGGCAGCAACUCCCCGUCGGCGGCUCCCUCGUUCAGCGUCUCCUCCUGCGCCCUCGUCGUGUCGUUGGCUCUGCUCGUCCUGGGCGCGAGGGUGGAACUGUAGAGAAAAAAAGAAGGAAAGGAAGAUGUAUUUUUAUUUUAUUUUUUUCCUAUUGUUUUUUUUUUUUUUAAGUAAUUGAUUUUUUUAGGAGAAGAGAGAGAGAGAGAGAGAGAGAGAGAAAGAGAGAGAGAAAGAGAGAGAGGAGAGAAAAAAAAGGAGAGAAGAGAGAUAACGAUAGAAAACAAAAAUAAGAAAAAAAAAUAUGAUUAUCAAGACUUACAAAUAGUGUCUUCCAGGCCUCUGUAUAAUUAUGUCCAAGAGGAAUAUUUAAUUAGUAUAUUUUUCUUAAAAAGAAUUCUAUCUUUGUAUUUAAUUCUAUAGCAUAUUCUCAGUUAUUUACCUCUUGUAUAAUGUAUUCUAUAGAGAGAAAAAUAUUGUAUAUAUCCUUGUCCUGUAAAAAAAAAAAAAAAAAAUGGUCCAUCAGAUGGAAAUCGAAUCAGAACAGAACGAAAAUUCGAAAAUUCAGUUUUCAGAUGUUACACUUUCAUGCAAUUGUAUACACGUGUAGAAUAUAUAUGUAUAUGUGUGUGUGUGUGUGUAUAUGUAUAUGUAUAUAUAUGUUUAUAUGUAUAUGUAUA